AUGGGGCCUCCUGAACCGUGUAGGUCAUUCAUUAAAGCGCCCCUCCAGGGUUCCCUUUGCUUGGUCGGAACGCUGCUGCUCCUGUCCUUCGCCCCUGCCCGCUCCUGCCCAAAGAUCUGCCACUGCACGGAGAGGAACGGCAUGGUGGUGCAGUGCACCUCGCGCAACCUGGAGGGCAUCCCGCCAAACUUGCCCAGGGAUACCGUGGUCCUCUUGCUCUCGUCGAACCGCAUCAGACACGUCCCCCAGGAGGCCUUCGCCGACCUCCACCGCCUCAGGGAGCUGGACUUGUCCCACAACGCCCUGGAGAGCGUGGAGGCGGACGCCUUCCAGGGAGCCUCGGACAGCCUGCAGGCCGUCGAUCUCUCAAACAAUCACCUCAGCAGCCUCCCGAGGGAUACCUUCGGCAAGCUGCACGCUCGCGUGCGCCUCUCCCACAAUCCCUGGCACUGCGAGUGCUCCCUGCAGGAGGUGCUGCGCAAGCUCCGGCUGGACCCCGAGACGGUCAACGAGGUCAACUGCUACACAUCUGUGCGGGAGGAGUACGUGGGGCAGCCGGUGAUCCAUGUCUUGGACUCGGGGAUCAACUUCUGCAACUUCCACCACAAAACGACAGACGUGGCCAUGUUUGUGGCCAUGUUCUGCUGGUUCUUCAUGGUGACGGCCUACAUCGUCUAUUACAUCAAACACAACCAAGAGGACGCCAGGAGGCACAUGGAGUACCUCAAGUCCCUGCCGAGCACCUCCCACAUCAGCAAGGACUAUGACACGGCGAGCAGCGUGUUCUAG